AUGAUAGCUGAAGUAGACAAGGAUGGCAGUGGUGCUAUUGACUUUGAUGAGUUUUGUCACAUGAUGACAGCCAAAUUUGGAGAAAGGGACGCUAGAGAGGAGCUAAUGAAAGCUUUUUACAUUAUUGAUGAAGAUAAAAUUGGGAAGAUUUCUGCUGCAGACAUUCAGCGCAUAGCAAAGGAGUUGGGUGAACGUUUCAGUGAUAGAGAGAUUCAAGAAAUGAUUAAUGAACAGAUCAAGAUCAUGAAUCUGAUUGUAUAUGAUGGUAAUAGACUUAGAAAUUGGCUGGAAGCAGCCAUAGUUCAGUUCAGCUGUACGUGGCGAGUUAAUAAAAUUGACCUUGAGCUUGUUCAAGGUUGGCAUGACAGUAGAACAACCAAAGCUGGCUUAGUUACAUUCUUUAUGGCCAAGAUUACAGGCGACUGGAAAGGAAAUGGUGACAUCUACGACUGUGGUUUGUCAGAGCUGAAGAGAUUCUGCAAGCUAUGGGUCUGUGUAGCUAUGAUUGGAGAUGACAAUUUUUGUAGUAGCAACUCUAAUGGAAAUGGUUCACCCCCAAGUCAGUUGUUCCAUCUGGUGCACUAA